GAAGAACACAUCUUUGAGGGACAGGGUUGUGCACCUGACUAGCACGGCAUAUUGAAAGACAAACAGACAUCGACGGAAGGACACCGCACACACACACACGCGCGCUCACAUAGGACUCUCACUCUUCUUUUACUGCAAGAAGAAAUGUACCGACAUCUGCCUUCUGACAGGUGCGCGGCGCUCUGUGGGCGAAGCAUCCCCUCCCGAUCACUCUGCAAUGGCGGCACACGCAACAGCAGCAGCUUCGUCAUCUGCGCACGUCUGCGCGCACCAAAUCCGCCCUCCUUCUUCGCCGUUCCAAUGAGAGAACUCGGUCGAUUCAACUCCACGUUUGCCGCGCCGUCGGCUUCUACCGCCUCAGGCCCCGCCAAAGUGCCUACCGUUGCCUCACCAUCACCACCGCCGCCCCCUCUUUCCAUCCUCUCCUGGGCGGUGGACGGAUCCGGGCACACCCAUCAUCACUGCGCACGCCGACUUUCGAUGUCGCAGCGCAUUCCGCUACUCUGCGAGGUGAUUCGCCGGACCGCGCCGGAUGUGGUGGCGCUGCAGGACUCGACACCGGAGCUGGCGGCGGCGUUGACGGCGGAGAUUGAGACAGGCGAGCAGCACCAGCUGCACCACGACAAGGCUGGCGAUGAGAGCGAGAAGGGGCGAUUGAAGGUGUACGGCGCCGAGCUCGCACGGGAACUGCAGCAGCCCCAUCACGGCGACGGUACACGAAUCGGGGAGGGUGAGUCAACAACACCGAUCUCUUCCGCAGCAGCAGAGUCUUCCGUUGGAAAAGACGAGGGUAGCACCAGCGAGGACGAAAAGACGGAGGCUUCUCCUGCCCGGACAACCGCCUCCUCUUCUUCUGUUUUGUCGUCUGCGCCGUGCAACUACCGCCUGAUUGGGAGAGCACGCAACGGGCACUGCGGUGAGGUGCAACUUUUUCUGAAGACGACCUCCCGGUGGGAGGGGGAGCCGCUGCCUGGCAUGGGGGCUGGUCUCACGAUGGAACUGCGCAGUCGCCCGACCGCAGACACGCACGACGAAACCGCUGCGGCGACACCUUCAGAGGCGAAGGAAACAAACACUCCCGCCUCUGCGAGCGUCCCAUCACCGUCGCCACCACCGCACCGCUGCGUGCUGACGACGCUGGAUCUCUCCUACCGUGGAAAGAGCUUGGGCACGCACCUGCAGGGGCUGCUGUCCGACGCAGCCGUGAGUGAGGAGGGCAGUCCAUUUACGCUGCAGACGCAACAGCCAUCGUCAGCCACCGCGUCGCCUCUGCAGCGUCGUGGUGGCCGUGUGGUAGGGCAGCUCGACACGCAUCGGGCCGUGGUCUUUGAUUGGGUGCAUCAUCACAUACGACCGGAUGUGCUUGUGGGAAACGUGUUCAUGGGGGCACGGGAACGGGUGCCGGGGUGUGAGGAUGCCUGGGUGUGGGCGGGGUCGCCGAUGGGGCAGGAGCGCACCACCAACACCUACGCCCGCCACCGUGUCGAUCACCUGACGAACUACUUUUACUUUAAACCCUCACCGGGGGUGGCCAGCAAGACUGCGAUGGAGCGGGCGAUGCGAGUGGUGAUGGAGGAGGAGCAAGAAGAACAAGACGAGCUACGAAUAGGCAGUCCUGUCGCAGAAGCACAGGGAGAAGAAGAGGGAAGAGAAGACGGUGCAACGGAAGCAACGCUUUCUGCAGAGGCUAAAGAUCAGCCGGGUGGUGAAUACGUGGCCCCACCCUCCUCCUCUUCCUCCGCUGCCGCUGCGGCGCAGGUGGUUGUACCGUCCGAUGCGGCAGUGGGCACUCCCAUUCCUUUCGAUGCGUAUGUGGGCGACGCAGACGGGGCGUGGUACGCGCGGUCGACGAAAGAUGCGAAUCCCCAGCACGAGAAUCGAAGUACGAAGGGGCCUGUGGAUGCGUCACCAUCAUCGCCGUCAUCGUUGGCACUGUCUGACCUCACCACGGGUAUGCCAGAGGUGGCCGGGCGCUUCCAGCGCUGCUUCUUCCGGUCCUGGGUGCGCCGUGGGCCCUCAUCGCGCAGCGGGCACCUCUCCGCCCGUCCGCUGCUGCGGCAGUACCGGCGAUGCCGAGUGGUCGUGCUGCGGCCCAUGACGGAGGUGGAGCUCGCCAGCGAGGAACGGGCGUGGCACGCGCGUUAUAUCACGACACAGUACAGCCGAGCCGGCAGGAAAGCGGCGAAGCGGCAGCAGCAGCCGGUAACGCAGGAUGUAACGGACGGGGCAGCGGCAGGCGAGGAUGACACCGCGAGGUCAGCGAAUGCCCCACUGCGUGUGACGCACGUGCCCUCGCGGGUGCGCUGCUCGCUGUCGGAUCAGUACCCCCUUCUUACGCUUUUGAGCUGA